AUGGACUUGGAAGAUUCUCUUUCUCAUAGUUUUCUAGCGAAACAGAAGCUAACAAAUUACAAAAAGGAAAGAAAUAAGACAAUCAAGAAGAAUAAUAAGAAAAUCAAUACUAUACAAGUGAAGCGUAUAGCAGCUUCUUUGAUGGGUUCUACUCAGCCCAAUCAUGUCAAUAAGAGGGGAAAGAAUAUUAGGGUUGAGGUAGAUUACGAUGAGUACAUACCGUCAGAUCAUAGGGAUGAUACUGAUGAUGAGUCAUUUAAAAGUGUUGACGAUGAGUCAUCUCUUAUAGGACAGAAACAUGAAAUUCAAGCACAAAAAGAGGAAAUUCAAGCACAAAGCAAUGUGGUAGCGAAGAUGAAUGAGACGAGGGAGGAGCAUUUGAAGAUGACAUCAAGCGUCAUGGAGUUUCUUAAAAAACAAGGUAUCAAUAUCAACUCUCUCAAAUCUAAUGCUACUACAAUUUGGUACAACAACAUAAUAUAUGGGAAAGAUAAUGAAGCUUGGAUUAGUUAUGAUUCUAGAUCUAAAAAUUUGAGUGUUGUUUUCACUGGAUAUAUAAGUAAUACCAGAGUUAAAAGUGUCCUUAGUUGGCCAAUUGAUCUGAGGGACUACUUAUCCGAAUGGGUUACAAUAGGCUUCUCUGCUGCAAUAGGAGCUGUUUCUGAGAAACAUACUAUUAAAUUGUGGUCAUUCAAUUCGAGUUCAAAAAUCGAUGCACCAACGAGUCCCAGUCCCAAUCCCAAUCCCAAUCCCAAUCCCAAUCCCAUCCCCAGUCCCAAUCUCAGUCCAAGUCUAAGCAACAAAAAGCCAGUAGUAGUGGGAUUGACUGUAGGAUCAUUUGGUUUGGUUUGUGGGUUGUCUUUAUUUAUGUUUGUUUUGUGGAUGAAAUGGACAAAUGAGGAGGUUGCAUUUAAUAUGUCCAUAGAUAAUGACUUCGAGGUAGGUAUCGGGCCAAAAAAGUUUUCGCAUAGUGAAUUGUUUCAUGUAACAAAUAAAUUCGCGGAUAUAAUUGGACAAGGAGGAUUUGGUGAGGUUUAUAGAGGUUUCUUAAAGGAAUCCAAGUCCAAUGUUGUUGUGAAGAGGAUAUUAAAGGGACCAAAACAAGACAUAAGAGAGUAUGCAUCUGAAGUGAAGAUCAUUAGUCGGUUAAGGCAUAGAAAUUUGGUGCAACUGCUUGGUUGGUGUCAUGAGAAAGGAGAACUCCUACUCGUUUAUGACUUGAUUGGAAAAUGGAAGCUUAGAUAA